AUGAUAAGAACAACAAAAUAUUUUGAUUCAUCAUCAAAUCAAGCAGCACUUCCACCAACUGUUUAUCGUAAACCAGUUCGAAUUGUUAAAGCUGUACAACGUGCAGCACCAUCGUCAGCAUCAUCAUCAAUGAGUGAUAUUAAAUUUGCACCUCCGACACAAAUGAAUUCUACACAUGAUUUACCAACACUUUCAUCAUCAUCAUCAUCUCAUUUAAAUGAAUCCAAUCUUACGAAUCCUGAACAUCAUCUUAGUUCGGAAUAUGUAAGAAAUUUAUUUCCAAUACCUGAUCAUAAUAAACGUAAUCGUUCGAGACAAAAUUCAUCAUCGAAUACUAAUAAUGAUAUAACAAUAACUGAUAAUGGUCAACAUACAGAUGAUCUUUUAUUAAAUUUAACAAAACGUUUAGAAACAUUAAAAGAAAAUCAACGAACAAUCAAUGAUGAAAUUGAAACAAAUACAACACUUGGUCUAAAGUUAAUUGAUAUAAUUGAAUCAAAAGGUGAAUCCAAUGAAAUUGAAAAAUUUAAAUUACAUAUUAGUGAAAUUGAUACAAUUACAUCAGUUCUUCUUAAACUUAGUACUCGAUUGGCUAAAGUCGAGAAUGAUUUAUCGAUUAUUACAGAUGAUAAAGAUCAAACUAAGGCAAGUUUACUUGACCGACGUGAAAAAAUUCAACAAAAACAUGAUGAAGCUAAAUCAUUAAAAGAUGGUAUUGAUCGACGUAGUCGUUUAGUAAAAAAUAUUCUUCAAAAAUAUCUAACUUCGGAACAAUUAGAUGAUUAUGAUCAUUUUAUACGAAUGAAAUCAACAUUAUUAAUCGAUGCAAAAGAUAUUGAAGAAAAUAUUGUAUUAAUACAAAAUCAAAUACAAACUUCACAGAAUACAUCAGCAUCAAUAUCAUCAACUACUGUAAAUAAUCAACCAUAUUCAUCAACAUCAACAGUAUCUAUUUUGGAAAAUUUACAAAGAUCAAAUUCAACAACAAGUUCAGCAUCACAUAAUAUCGAUAAUAUACAAACAAAUUAUUAUAAUGCUAUAUCAACAACGGCCUAG